CCUCUACUCACGCCCGCUUGGCAUCUUCCAGGAGAACAGUUUUAGCGGAGGAGGAGAAAUGGAGCCGGGAAACGAUGGUGGGAGGCCAAAGGAUCUGGGAGGCUCCAUCCGAGUGGCGAACGUUCAAGCUCUUGCCGGCAGUGCCAAGAACUUGGAGGCUGAGAUCCUCCAUAGGUACCUUAGACCGGAGAUAAAUGGUGACGCCCUCGAUGACGGUGACUCUGAAGACAUUCCCAUCAUUGAUAUGAGCAGGCUCCGUGAUCCCCUGUUCGAGCAAGAAGAGACCUCCAGGCUCAAAUUUGCAUGUGAGGAGUGGGGAUUCUUCCAGCUGGUGAAUCAUGGAAUACCUGAUAAAGUGAUCGAGAAAAUGAGGGCAGAUGUUGAGGAGUUCUUUCAGCUUCCUCCAGGAGAAAAGGAAGCAAUUGCGCAGCUGCCAGGAGACCUCGAAGGCUAUGGUCAAGCAUUUGUUGUGUCAGAUGAGCAAAAGCUUGACUGGGGUGAUAUGCUCUUCCUUUUUACUCAACCACCACAUUUUAGGAACUUGAGACUCUGGCCUGCUCAACCUCCUACAUUCAGGGAUACAAUGGACAGAUACUCAUUGGAGCUAAAGAGAGUCGCCCAUUGUCUCUUGGGAUUAAUGGCUAAGAACUUAGGACUUGAUCCUGAAAAAUUUGUCACCAUAUUUAAGGAGUCACAAUCAAUGAGGAUCAAUUACUACCCACCAUGCCCCCAAGCUGACAAAGUACUGGGUCUCUCCCCACACUCCGAUGCUGUUGGCUUGACGUUGCUCCUCCAAGUCAACCAAGUGCAAGGAUUGCAGAUCAAGAGAAAUGGUGGAUGGCUCCCAAUCAAAGCACUUCCUGGUGCUUUUGUCGUUAACAUCGGCGAUGUCAUUGAGAUCUUAAGCAAUGGGAAAUACAAGAGCAUUGAGCAUAGGGCCAUCAUAAACAAGGAGAAGGAACGCCUUUCGAUUGCUGCAUUCCACAGUCCCAAUAUGACCACACUGGUUGGCCCACUUCCAGAGCUUGUCAAAGGGAGCAAGGAAUAUUACAAGACCUUGAGCUUUGAAGAUUUCGUGAAACACACCUUUACUAGCAAACUUGAUGGGAAGAGUGUCAUCGACUGGAUGAAGUUGAAGCCAUAAAAGUUGUUUCAAGAUGUUAUAAUCUUAUCGAGCAAACAUAUUGUUUAUAUGUAAGAUCGUCAUAUGUAUUUGUUUCUUCUGAUCUCCAUUUAAGAGUAGGACAGCACAAAUCGAACGCUCCUUAUAAACAAAAUAAUCAGCAAUCCGUUGCUCUGAGGGGAGAUUUCUUA